AUGCUUCACAACAUUGCCCUUCUUGGUUCUGUCCUGGAUUAUCGCCUAUACUCUGAAUAUGAAGCAGGAACCCAAGACGUUACAGAAUCCAUCUCCCCUCACCAGCAUGAUAGUUAUAUACAGGCUAAAGCAGAUGCGUUGGUCAUUGCAGAAUGGGUUUAUUCCCACUUUGACAUCAGUUUGACUGGAAAGACUACAGGAGGCGCAGGACUUCGGAGUUUGAUGGAGGAUUGGGUGGUCACUCAAUGCAAGGCCCUGAUACUGCACAAGCUCAAUGCUGACAGCCAAAUGGUGAAAGGAGAGACUGAGGCAAUCACCCCGAAUCGGUUGAGGAAGGCGAUUGAGAAGCAGAUGGCGGGCCUGCCAUGGUUUGUUGAAAAAUGGCCAAAGUGGAAUAAUUCAAAAGACAUUAAGAGCUGGACAAAGGAUUGGAGCUCAGACCACAUGAGCUAUGCAUGGCCCUCUGCUCCCCAGGACUCACAUUUUGUAGUGAAAAAGUUGUAUUAG